UACCGCUGCCCAAUCAGAGCGCGACUCUCCCGUCACUUCCGCUUAGAAGGCGAAGGGAAGGUCGGGCGGAAGAGGCUCCAGCCCGGCCCGGAAGGGGCGGAUCCCAUGGGCGGGUGCUGGUGGCCCGAGCCUCGUGGAGGCUAAGAUUACCUCACUUGUAGAAUCAGACAUCAUAACAUGGGGCUUACCAAGCAGUACCUACGUUAUGUUGCUAGUGCAGUCUUUGGCCUGAUUGGAAGCCAGAAAGGUAAUAUUGUCUUUGUGACACUUCGUGGUGAGAAAGGACGCUAUGUGGCAGUACCAGCCUGUGAACAUGUUUUCAUCUGGGACUUAAGGAAAGGAGAGAAGAUCCUCAUCCUUCAGGGGCUUAAGCAAGAAGUCACUUGCUUGUGCCCUUCCCCAGAUGGACUGCACUUAGCUGUUGGCUAUGAGGAUGGGUCUGUCCGAAUCUUCAGCCUCCUGAGUGGGGAAGGAAAUGUGACCUUUAAUGGACACAAAGCAGCCAUCACCAUCUUGAAGUAUGAUCAGCUAGGUGGCAGACUGGCUUCUGGGUCCAAGGAUACAGAUGUUAUUGUGUGGGAUGUGAUCAAUGAAAGCGGCCUCUACCGUCUAAAGGGACACAAGGACGCCAUCACACAAGUGUUGUUCCUGCGAGAAAAGAAUCUGCUAGUUACUAGUGGGAAAGAUACCAUGGUGAAAUGGUGGAACCUUGAUACCCAGCACUGUUUCAAAACAUUGGUUGGCCACCGAACUGAGGUAUGGGGGUUGGUUCUGGUAUCAGAAGAAAAACGACUUAUCACUGGGGCUUCAGACAGUGAAUUGAGAGCUUGGGACAUUGCCUAUCUGCAAGAGGUUGAAGACCUGGAAGAACCAGAGCCCAAGAAAGUCAAAGAGUCUUCUCCUAGAAUACAGGACUCACUUGUUGCAGAGGAUGAUGCCCUUGAAAUGGAUGAAACUCCUGAGGAUCGCAUCCUUUCAUGUACAAAAGCUGGUUCCAUAAUGCGGGAAGGAAGGGACAGAGUUGUGAACCUUGCAGUGGACAAGACAGGCAGGAUUCUUGCUUGCCAUGGAACUGACUCUGUGCUAGAAGUGUUUUGUAUCCUGUCUAAAGAGGAAGUUCAGAAGAAGAAGGCAAAGAAGAUAAAGAAAGCUAGAAAGAAAUCAAAAUUAAAUUCUUGCAAGGGGGAGGAGGAGGACCUUGAAAUUAAUGUUGAAAUGACUCUGCAAGAUGAAAUCCAGCGGGUGACUAAUAUCAAAACUUCUGCCAAAAUCAAAUCCUUUGACUUGAUUCAUUCACCCCAAGGGGAGUUGAAGGCUGUCUUCCUGCUACAAAACAAUCUAGUGGAAUUAUAUUCACUGAAUGCAUCUUUGCCUACUCCUCAGCCCAUCAGGACAAGCAGAAUCACCAUUGGGGGUCAUCGCAGUGACGUGCGGACUUUGUCAUUUAGCUCAGACAAUAUUGCUGUACUUUCUGCAGCAGCUGAUUCUAUUAAGAUAUGGAACAGGUCUACACUGCAGUGUAUUCGCACCAUGACCUGUGAAUAUGCACUUUGCUCAUUCUUUGUACCUGGUGAUAGGCAGGUGGUCAUAGGAACAAAGACAGGGAAACUGCAGCUUUAUGACUUGGCCUCAGGAAAUCUAUUGGAGACAAUAGAUGCCCAUGAUGGAGCUUUGUGGUCCAUGUCUCUCUCCCCAGAUCAGAGAGGCUUUGCAACAGGUGGUGCAGAUAAAUCUGUCAAGUUCUGGGAUUUUGAGUUGGUGAAAGAUGAAAAUAGCACCCAAAAGAGACUUUCUGUGAAGCAGACCCGAACAUUACAACUAGAUGAAGAUGUUCUGUGUGUCCGUUACUCUCCCAACCAAAAGUUGUUGGCUGUGUCUUUGCUGGACUGCACUGUGAAAAUUUUCUAUGUUGACACAUUAAAGUUUUUUCUUUCGUUGUAUGGACACAAACUACCUGUUAUAUGCAUGGACAUUUCUUAUGAUGGAGCACUAAUAGCAACUGGGUCUGCUGAUAGAAAUGUGAAAAUCUGGGGUUUGGACUUUGGGGACUGCCACAAGUCUCUCUUUGCACACGAUGACAGUGUGAUGUACCUGCAGUUUGUACCUAAGUCCCACCUCUUUUUUACUGCUGGGAAAGAUCAUAAGAUUAAGCAGUGGGACGCAGACAAAUUUGAACACAUACAAACUCUGGAGGGACACCACCAGGAAAUAUGGUGCUUAACAGUCAGCCCCAGUGGAGACUAUAUUGUAUCAUCAUCCCAUGACAAAUCUCUGAGACUUUGGGAGAGAACAAGGGAACCUCUUAUUCUUGAAGAAGAAAGGGAGAUGCAAAGGGAAGCAGAAUAUGAGGAGAGUGUGGCCAAGGAAGAUCAACCAGCAGUUCCAGGAGAGACUCAAGGUGACAGUUAUUUUACUGGAAAGAAAACUAUUGAAACAGUCAAAGCAGCUGAAAGGAUCAUGGAGGCCAUUGAGCUAUACCGAGAAGAAACUGCAAAAAUGAAAGAACACCAAGCCAUUUGUAAAGCUGCAGGGAAAGAGGUUCCUCUUCCCAUCAACCCCAUCCUGAUGGCUUAUGGCAAUAUUUCACCUUCGUUUUAUGUAUUAGAGAUUUUUAAAGGGAUCAAGUCAAGUGAAUUGGAAGAGUCCUUGCUUGUACUGCCUUUCUCUUAUGUUCCAGACAUUCUUAAGCUCUUCAGUGAAUUCAUCCAGAUGGGCUCUGAUGUUGAACUUUUAUGUAGGUGCCUCUUCUUUCUCCUCAGAAUUCACUUUGGACAGAUCACUAGCAACCAAAUGCUUGUGCCAGUGAUAGAAAAAUUAAAGGAAACAACUAUUUCAAAAGUCAGACAAGUACAGGAUCUUAUCGGCUUCAAUAUGGCAGGUCUUGAUUAUCUCAAGAGGGAAUGUGAGGCAAAAAGUGAAGUUAUGUUUUUUGCUGAGGCUACCAGCCACUUGGAAGAGAAGAAAAGGAAGAGGAAAAAGAGGGAGAAGCUAAUUUUAACAUUGACUUAAAACUGAAAUUUGAUGUAUUUUCUACUGUUUCUUUAAAAGAACUUCUAAACCAAGCAGUAGUAGCAUUGCCAUCAUCUUAAAAAUACCAAAUAAGAGAAGAUUAUGUUACAGAAGGUCUUGGGAUGCUGUUCCCAGCUUUGCCUAAGGGAAUUCCAACAUGAGUCUAUGGUCUGGCUUCACUUGUUGAACUUGAAAGCAUGAUUAAUUUAAAAAUCUUUGUUGUGCUCUCAGAAGAUUAAGCCCCAUAGGAAUUGUCCCCUUUAUAUAUUCUAGCAGGGAGCAAAGAAUUUUUUUAAAUUAAAUAUUUACUUCACUGGUGUUAGAAUUAACAUUUCAAAAGGUUUUUUUAAAAUACUUUUUUAUGGCAGAUAAUUUGUUGUAUGUUUUGCUACCUUCAUACUAGGUUUUACCUCCUUUUAAGACUAUCAGGUGCAUAAUUGAUUUUCAUUUGCCCUUUAUGCAGUGUCAUGGACUUGUGGAGCUGAAAAGGACCAUGAAAAUUAUUUAGAAAGUCUCCUUAAAUGUAACUUCUUACAGGUUGUUAUAUCUAUAUUUAAGAUCUUAAUUGCUCUUUAUACUUUUCUGAAUAAAAUAGUCAUUUCUAAUUAAAGAGUAGUCAAGCUAAGAUGCCUUGCUAGGCUCCUGAGUGAUUGAUACUCUGUGUUUAUGUGCAUGGACAUACACGGUAGAGAUUUGGGGAGGUGGGAAUAUUCUAGGUAGAGAUUGACAGAAAUACCUCUACCUGGGCUUUUCUUUGGGGGAAGUUUUUAUAUUACUAAUUCAGAUUCCUUGUUAUAGCUAUAUUCAGAUUUUUAAAGGUACCUCUAUCUGAUAAUUGUUAUCCUAAUCAAAAAGAAAUGGAACCUGAAAUAGAAUGAUGAGUACAAUAAGUAGCUAAGUUAUAACUUUGGUCAGGGUACUCAAAACCCAUAAAAACCCUUAAGACUUGAGGUCAGCAGAUGCCUUAAAAAGUUACUUUUAGGCCAAACAGAUUUCCUAGUCAUUAAGCAGCACUUAUUGGCUCAGCCACCCAUUGACUAUAUGUAAUCCUUAAUUCCCAAGACUAUUUAAUCAGUAAUAUCUUUUGAAAAUGAUGUAGUAAAUAACAUAAGAAACUCAAAAUGCCCUAAAGAAAAACCUAUAGUAUAGGAUCCUUACAAUAGUUUAUUAGAAAUAUAAUAAUCAAGCUUAUUUUAAAAAGAAAAUACCUAUUACAUCUCUUUCUCCAUUUAUUUAGAGAGGAUAUGCUUAACAAUUUUAAGGUUCCUUGGGUAGAAGUGAGGUGCUUUGUGUAUUUGGUAUUAAAUUGUUUCUUGGUGUCAAGUCUCAUCAGUCACGUCUCAUCCCAAAGAAAUCUCUAAUAGAGAAUCUAGGAUUAUGCCUGGUAAGGCAAUGGUGUCUAUCCCUGGACUCCAGUCUCUCUAUCCAUCAGCUAUAAUUGAUGAGCCUGCUCAUCACAGCCUUUCCAGGCUAGACCACCCAGAGGAAAGAAGAGAAGGGAGGUUGUGGGCAGAGGCUAAGAAGAAGCCACCUAGGCUACAUACAUGCAUUGUCCACAACCCACACCCUUUCUUCACAAUUUAAGAUAUAAAUUUGAAAUGGAACUAAGUUUCUUAAGAAUAUAUCACUAUAUAUUCUAAGUCCUUUAUUUUUGAGGUUUUAGGGAUCUAAGUAGCCCUGAUGUGUUUUUAGAACAUAGUGCAUAUGAUCUAAUAGUCACUGUUCCCAACCCUUGUAUAGAGCCUGGCAGUAGUUGCCCUUAUGUAAUCCCUUGCCCUUGGGUAUGCGUUAGGCCUAGUGAUGGGUUUCUAAUGAACCAAAUACAACAAAUAUGAGGGAUAUCUCACCCAAGAUUAGAUUACAAAACACUGAAUUCUGCAUUACCCACACUCUUAGGGUCUUCUUGCUUGUUUAUGUGUUAUGAGUUGAAACGCUUUAGGAAGAGAGCUACAUGCAAGGAACUGAGGGGUGUCACCAAACAAUAUCCAGUGAGGAAAUGAAGCCCUCAGUUUUAAGAGCCUGCAAGGCUGUAACUACUUGAGUAAGCUUGAUGGCAGAUUGACCCCAGUGGAGCCAAAGGACAUGAUGAGGAGGAUCUGAAUCCCUCACCCACAGAAGCUGUGUGAUAUAAGUGGUUCUUGUUUUAAGCCAUUAAGUUUUGGAUAAUUUGUUACAUAGUAACAGAUAACUAACAUAGCUUCUGUAGAGUAAACAACCUAACCUUGUUAGGUUUGAGAUUGUUAUUUUAUGAAGUGGGGGAAGAUUGUACCUACUCUCAGAGUUAUUGAGAGCUACUUAAAGGAAACAAAAUAUGUCACUGUAGUCAUUACAUCUUUUUAAUCACAUUAACUGUGAUAAUAUACUUGAAGUGGUGUCAAGGCAAUAAUAAGACAUUUCUUCCUUUAGAUGGAUUCAUGAAAUUACUUAGAAGUUACUACCAGUAGAACUUUUGAAUCUUUUUUAUUUGAAAGUUUUUCAACAGUAGUGAGAAUUGUCCAACUAGAGAUGCUAACUUUAUUGCUUAUCUUUUCCGCUAACUUCUGAAAGUCUGGACCAGAAUUGAAAUCAACCAUGCCUUAAUACUUUGGUUCCCACAGGGUAGGCCAAGACAACAAUAUUAAACUGUGUACUGGGUUGAUUAAUGUCCUCUGGAAAUUUGUGUCCACCUCAGUCCUAUGAAUGUGACCUUUUGGGAUAUAGAGUCCUUACAAAUGUAAUUGGUUAAGAGGAAGGUCAUAAUGGAUUAGAGAAAAUGGGCCCUUUAAGUCAGUGACUUUCCUUGUAAGAAUGCCAUGUGAAGGUAUAGAGGUAGGAGACCAUGUGAUAUGGAAGAGUUUGGGGUUGGAAUGAUGAGGUCAGAAGCCAAGGAGCAUUAAGGAUUGCUGACUACUAUCAGAAGCUAGGAGAGGCUUGGAAUAAAUUCUCCCUCAGAACCUCUAGAAGGAACCAACCCUGCCAAAGCCUUGUUUCUGACCUCUGGCCUGACCUACAAGAGAAUAAGUAUUUGUUGUUUUUAACAACCCAGUUUAUGGUAGCUUGUUACUGUAGCCCCAGGAAAAUGCAGAUUUUGCUGUCAGGAGGGUGGAGUGCAGCUGUAACAAAUACCUAAAAAUGGAGAAGUGAUGAGUUUGUUCAUGAGUAGGGGAUAGAAGAAUUUUGAGCCACAUGGUACAAAAAGUCUGGAUUGCUAUAAAGAGCCUUUGGUAGAGAUAUAGACACCAAGGGCAAUUCUGGUGUGAUCUCUAAAGGAAGUGGUGAGGACGUAGGGAAAGCAAUCAUCUUGAAUUCAUGUUGUUAUGAACAAUGUUGGUAGAACUAUGAACAUCAUAGGUGCUUCUGAUGAGACCUCGACCAAAAACACUGGAGGAAAGGUGAUCCUUAAUAGAAAGUGACAGAAAACUUAGCCGAAUUCGGUAUUCUGCUGUUGGAUAGAAAGUAGAACUUACAAAUGAAUUUGGGUAUUUAGCUGAAAUUCACAAGCAAAAUAUGGAAGGUGUGACCUGAUUUCUUGCCUCUUGUGUAAGAAGAAAGAGAGCAACUGUUCAGCAGAAAAGUCAGAAUAUGAUUAUUUGGAAAAUUCAUAGCCUGUCCCUAUCCAUAUUGCAAAAAAUGCAAAGGUAUGUUCUGGAGAAAUCACAGACCUGCUGUAGAGAAUAGGCAUUUGACCAUGAAUCCAAUCAAUCAUCUCAGCGGAAUCCAGGAAUAGAAACUAGGAAUAGAGAUCAUUCAGGAAGAGUCUGUGGAGAACUGUGAUAUCUUAAUGUGCAGAUCCCCUUGAUAACCACUGAAGACUGCUGGGCUUGGAGUAUGUUAUAUCAGCAGAAACUGAUAUAACAGUACUUAAAGAGACAGAUGGAACAAAGUGAAGAAAGGCUUCUUGAAUUCUAUAAGCAGGAAGCAGACUGCCCAUAGUGUAGGACUGCUGCCAAGGGCCAAGAAGGCAGAUCUAAUGCAGUGUCUUAGAGGAGAGUCCUGAAGAAUGGGGUUGGUGGAGCUUCCAUUGGCACAGAGGGCAGAUGGUGCCAUAGAUUUCUGUCCUUGAAACCCAGUGGAAUUUUCCCUACUGGAUUGUAAGCUUGCUUUGUACCAUUGACCCUUAAAUUCUUUCCAUUUUCUCAUGGGAUGGGGAUGUCUCUUACACUUGUCCUGCACCAUUGUAUUUUGGAAGCUGGAAACUUUUGUUUUCUAGUGUUACUGGACCAUAGAUGGAGCAGCUAGGAUGGGUCAUACCCAAAUUCUCACCCAUAGUUGAUUUAAAUGCUUUUAGAUUAUUAUGUCUGAAACCUUUUGAGUUGAUAUUUAAAUGAGAUCUUUAGAAAUGGGUUAAGACUUUUGGGACAGGAGAAUAUAUUUUGAAUGAAUUUUGAGGAAACAAAGGACAGACUACUGGGUUUGCCCUUCCAAAAUUCAUGUCUAAUAGAACCUGCAUAUGUGACUCUAUUUGUAAAUAAAAAUCUUAACAAAUGUAAUCAAGUAAAUGUGCAGUCAUUCUGGGUUAAGGGAGCCCCUAAACCCAAUGAGUGCAUCUUUGUAAGGAGAGAGAGAGCGACAGAGAAAUACAAAAGAUCACCAUGCAAAGAUAGGAAGAGAAUGGAGUGACGAAACCACAAGCCUAGGUUGGCUGGCAAACACCAAGAACUAUGAGAGAGGCAUAGAACAGAUUCUCUCUCAGAGCCUACAGAAGGAACCAACCAUGCUAACACUUUGAUUUUGAACCUCUGGACACGUCCAUGUUAAGAGAACAAGUACCCAUUCUUCUAAGUUACCUCAUUCAUGAUACUUCAUUGUGGCAGCCCUAGGAAGCUAGUAUAAGAUGUUAUUGCUUUGUUCUCUCAUUCAAAGACAUGAGGUAGAGUUUUCCAGAGGCUGUAUAAUAUGCGAUAUGGUAAGAGUCUGAAUACAAUGCAGAUGUGAGAAUAUACUAUGUUCUCUUAAGCCGGAUAUUAAAGAGAUUUGCAAAAUUGUAAAACAAUUCCACUCAUUUAAUCUUUGUUUUGGAGCAGUCAUUUUUCAUUAAAAGUAUAUAAUUUAAGAUAUUGGUUUAUUAUUUUUUCUAAUUAUAAAUUUUUCCAAUUUUAAUUUUAGUUUAGUAAAUAUUGAUAGAUUAUACCCACGUACAAAAAGAACUCUUUGGGAUCCUCAACAGUUUUUAAGAAUAUAAAAGGAAUCCUAAGCCUAAAAAGUUUGAAAAUUAUUGGCUUAAUUGUGAAUUCUCAGUUCCAAAAAAGGGUGCUUUGGUGUUUGUGCUACUGCUUUUUGGAGGGUAUGACCAAUUUAUCUGUACAAUGAAGAUGGUACUUAAAAGAAUGAACUUUAGAGUCACAUAAAAUGUUAGAUUUUUACUUCCACUUAAUAUUAUCUGGCCUGUUUCCUCAUAAAAUAGAAAAAGAAAAUCUAUCUUGUUGAAGAUUGGAUUCGAUAAUAUAUAAAAGGGUAACAAUUAUAGUUAUGAAAAGCAAAUA